UGAACGCUCCUGGAAGCGACCAGAACUAUGGAAUUAGCACGGGGACGGAGACUGGACGCAAGUGACUAUCGGUUGCGGAGGAGUAUAAGAUGAGGGCAAAAGACACUCCAUUCAUCAGGUCGACAUGGCUUCAAGUACCACCUUGGUAGAAUCCAUACCUGAAGUGAUUGACAGCGACAAGCAGAAAAAGUCAUUCCUUCAGCGUCUGGGGCCUUCAUCAUAUUCUGCGGAGAGACGUCUCUUGUUCAAAGUUGACGUGUCGGUCCUCAUAUUUGCGUCGCUGGGAUAUUUCAUCAAAAAUUUGGACCAAAGCAAUGUGUCCAGUGCAUACUUUGCUGGAAUGCGUGAAGACUUAUCGAUGUACGGCAACCAACUUGUCCACGUAACCUCCUGCUGGGCUGCGGGAUAUGUUGUUGGACAAGUGCCGUCGAACUUACUUCUCACGAGAGUGUCUCCUCGCUACGUUAUCCCUGUUCUCGAGCUCGCGUGGGGACUAGCUACCCUAGGAACUUUUGCAGUGAAGAACGUGAACCAACUCUUUGCUAUCAGAUUCUUAGUCGGUCUGUGUGAGAGCGGAUUCUAUCCUGGCAUGCACUUUAUUCUCGGUUCAUGGUAUACUCCUCGUGAACUGGCCAAGAGAGCUGUCGCUUUUGGCAUCGCUGGUACUCUUGGAACGGUGUCUUCAAGUUUUCUGCAAACCGCCACCUUCAAGACUUUGAACGGAGUAAAUGGCCUGGCUGGCUGGCGAUGGCUGAUGAUUGUAGAUGCCGCCAUCACGUUCCCUGUUGCGCUUCUCGGCUUUUUUUGCCUUCCAGAUCUCCCUUACAGUGCGAAACCAUCCAUUCUUCUCAAUCGGGACGACAUAGCUUUAGCACGAGCCAGAAUGAGAGCUAUAGGUCGUAAGGAAACUGAACCGUGGUCACGAGAGAAGCUGCGCCGCAUCUUCAGCUCCUGGUAUAUCUGGAUCUUGCCCAUUGAAUAUGUUCUAUGGCUCAAUGGUGCUAUUACAUUACCCACACAAUAUUGGCUGAAGAGCUUCAACACGACUCCUCCACCGGUCCCCGGGAGGAGAUUCAGCGUCACCCAAAUCCAGCUACUCCCGCUUCCUACAACGGCAAUCCUCAUUGUCUGCGCCUUUACCUAUGCUUGCCUAAGUGAUGGUCCCUUCAAGGGACGCAGAUAUCCGUUUGUCUAUUUAAGCGCCGUGCUACACCUCGUUUUAAACUCUGUUUGGCUUUCAAUGCCGUUAUACAAGAACAUUCCCGCUCAUUUCGCCUAUUUCUAUGCGACUGGACUCACCGGGGGUGCUGGUGUGCUGAUCCUGAACUGGAUCAACGAAAUCACGGGGGGAGAUACUGAGCUCCGAGCACUCUGUGUAGCACUCGGGAACGAUCUCGCUUACGUUGUUAACGCAAUUGCACCCAACUUUGUCUGGAAAACCGCUGACUUUCCUCGGGCAGAAAAGGGCUAUAAAUAUUCUCUCAGUAUGUUCUAG